AUGUGUGUUAUUCUACGAGUUUGCCCUAAUAGAGUUUCUCCAAGGCACAUUUACCAAGACAGCCGCCGGCCUCCGAUCUCAGCUCCGAUUUCAGGUUCGAUCUUCUUCACCAGAGAUAUCUGCCUGAAAUCGGAAGCACCACCUCUUUUCCCGGAGCCGCCUAGGCUUUCGAUGACUUUUUUCUUAUUCUUUCCGUCAGUGGCCAUGGCACCAGCGAAACCUGCUCGCAGCUUCUUCUUCUCCGGCCGAUCUCUAUCCCUGUCUUCGCCGGCUCCGCCGGUUCCUCCUCCGAAACCUCCAGAUCCGCUGGUUAUAUCUUUCUCACCCUCUGCAUUAGGUCUCGCAUGGGCUAUAUGUGAGCAUCUGGUUCAAGUGAAGAAAGCACCUACUCUGUUUGCUACUCACUUCCACGAACUUACUGCCUUGGCUCAAGCGAACUCUGAGGUCGCAGGUAACACCGUUGGUGUGGCAAACUUCCAUGUCAGCGCACACAUUGACACCGAAAGCCGCAAACUCACCAUGCUUUACAAGGUUGAACCAGGGGCAUGUGACCAGAGCUUUGGGAUACAUGUGGCUGAGUUCGCCAACUUCCCUGAAAGUGUAGUGGCGCUCGCAAGAGAGAAAGCUGCAGAACUGGAAGAUUUCUCUCCGUCUUCCAUGAUAAUCAACAAUGAGGAGAGUGGGAAGAGAAAGAGCAGAGAAGAUGAUCCAGAGGAAGUAUCGAGAGGGGCAGCGAGAGCUCACAAGUUUCUAAAAGAAUUUGCAGAGAUGCCACUUGAUAAAAUGGAGCAUAAAGAUUCACUUCAACGCCUACGUGAUAUGAAAGAAGAGCUAGAGAAAGAUUCUGCGAAUUGCCACUGGCUCAAGCAGUUCCUCUAA